UCUCUCUCUCAUGCAAUUUCAAUGAUCGAAAACGUUCUCUAAGAAUAUUUCACUGGCAAUCUUCUUCAAUCCGGCGAUGGCUAAACCCUAUCUUCUCUUCAUUCUUCAUCUUCUUCUUCUUCUUCAUUCUCUGUUUCUCGUCACCCACUCUGUAGUAGGAUUGCAGAAUGAUCAAAACCCAGAAAGAAAACACUUGCUUUCCUUCAGAGAUUCUCUUGAGAACCCAUUCAUUCUCUCUUCUUGGGACUCCGAACUUUCUCACUGUCAAUGGAAAGGCAUUGAUUGUGAAAAUGGCGUUGUUGUUGCACUCCUUCUUCCAUCCCAUUCUUUGAAAGGACAACUCCCCACCUCACUUUUCUCUUUAUCCAACCUUCUCCUGCUCGACCUUUCUUCCAAUCUUCUUUAUGGAAACAUACCGCCGGAUAUUGCUCGUUUACGCCGCCUCAAGAAUCUUAACCUGAGUGGAAACCAGUUGUCCGGCGAGUUACCCACUUCCCUCGGCGGUUUUAUACACCUCGAAACUCUUAAACUCGGCUCAAACUUUUUCACCGGAAAAAUCCCACCGGAGAUCGGGAAUAGUUUUCAUCUCCAGUGGCUUGACAUCUCCGGUAAUUCCCUAUCCGGUAAUAUCCCGUCGAGUUUUCAAAAUCUUGCCGGACUCCAUUUCCUUGCACUUGGAAACAAUUUGCUGACAGGUCCUCUUGAUCCAUUUCUAUUAUCUAAUCUUACCUCUUUAACUUCGUUUGAUGUCUCCAAUAACUCACUUUCCGGGAUAAUCCCGCCUGAAAUUGGAGCUCUGGUCAACCUCAUUGAUCUUUUCAUUGGAAUGAACCAUUUUUCUGGGCGUUUGCCUCCCGAAAUUGGUCGACUUACCAAACUUCAAAACUUCUUCUCUCCUUCCUGUUCUAUUCAAGGGCCAUUACCGGAAACGAUGUCGGAAUUAAAAUCUCUUAGCAAACUUGAUCUUUCUUAUAACCCUUUGGCGUGUUCAAUUCCAAAAUCAUUUGGGAAGUUGCAGAACUUGUCAAUACUGAACUUGGGUCUCUCGGAGUUAAACGGAUCCAUUCCUUCGGAGCUCGGUAAUUGUAGAAAUCUGAAAACCGUAGUUCUCGCUUUCAACUCUCUCUCUGGUUCUCUUCCAGAGGAGCUUGUUAAUUUACCGAUGGUGUCAUUUUCUGUGGAGAAGAAUCAGCUUUCUGGGCCAUUGCCAUCUUGGCUCGGGCGUUGGGAUCAUAUUGAUUCACUUUUACUCACGUAUAAUCAGUUCUCAGGAACAAUCCCUCCGGAAAUCGGAAACUGUUCGAUGUUGAGUCAUAUCAGUCUUUCUAACAAUUUCUUGACGGGUCCUGUUCCAAGAGAGCUUUGCAAUGCCGCGUCACUGUCGCAGAUCGAUCUUGACAGCAACUUCCUGACAGGCACGAUUGAUAAUGUCUUUAUCAACUGCCGGAAUCUUACUGUGUUAAAUCUGGAUGACAAUCAUUUCGUUGGCUCGAUUCCUGAGUAUAUCACCGAUCUUCCAUUGGUGGCUCUUGAUCUCGAUUUCAACAACUUCACGGGUCCAAUUCCGAAGAAACUGUGGAGUAUGUCAAGUCUGUUGGAGUUCACGGCUGUUAAGAACCGUAUAGAAGGGAUUCUCGGCCCUGAAAUCGGCAAUGCUGUCUCACUUCAGAGGCUGGCCCUUAACAAUAAUCGGAUAAGAGGAAGUAUUCCUAAGGAGAUAGGUAAUCUCACUAACCUCUCUGUGCUGAAUUUGAAUUCCAAUUUCCUUGAAGGUGAAAUCCCGAACGAGAUUGGAAAUUGCAUUUGCUUGACAACGUUGGACUUGGGAAGUAACUCCCUCAACGGCUCUAUUCCUGAGGAACUUACCGAUCUUUCUCAGUUACAGUGUUUGGUUCUCUCCUACAAUAAUCUAUCCGGUUCUAUUCCUUCAAAAGAAUCAAACUACUUCCGGCAGCUCAACAUGCCGGAUUCGAGCUACGUUCAGCACCACGGAGUAUUUGACGUCUCAAACAACCUGAUUUCCGGUGAAAUACCAGAAGAGCUCGGGAACUGUUUGGUCAUUGUCGAGCUUCUUCUCGGAAAUAACCAGCUUUCCGGCGAGAUUCCGGGUUCUCUAUCUCGGCUGAUGAAUCUCACCACGUUAGAUCUCUCCGGAAACUCGUUAUCCGGCAAUGUCCCCGAUGAAUUUGGUCAGGCAGUUAAGCUUCAGGGAUUGUACCUCGACCAAAACAAGCUCGAUGGUCGAAUUCCCGAGAGCUUGGGGAAAAUUUUGGGUUUGGUGAAGCUGAAUUUGACAGGAAAUAAUCUCUCUGGCCAAAUUCCGUCCAGUCUUGGCGAUCUGAACGGUCUUUCACAUUUAGAUUUGAGUUCGAACGAGCUCAGCGGCACUCUUCCAUCGUCGCUCUCGAGAAUGGGGAACCUGAUUGGCCUGUAUCUCGACAACAAUAAACUUUCUGGUCAUAUUCAUCGUCUGUUCGUAAACCCUUUAAUUUGGAGGAUUGAGGUUGUUAAUCUUAGCAAUAACUUAUUCGACGGAGUUUUGCCCCAUACUCUCGGAAACAUGUCGUACUUGACGUCGUUGGAUCUACAUGCUAAUAAAUUCUCCGGCCAGAUACCGUCUGAAUUAGGAAACCUUAUACAGCUCCAGUUUCUAGAUGUUUCCGGAAACAUGCUUUCGGGUUUUAUCCCGGAACAAAUAUGCAACCUGGAAAACAUUUUCUCGCUGGACUUUGCCGAUAACCGUCUCGAAGGAUUGAUACCGAGGAACGGGAUUUGCGGGAACCUUUCUGGCUCUGUUUUUAACGGGAAUAAGGAUCUCUGUUUCAAUAAAUGUGUCCAUAGGGGGGCAUGGUUGAAUGUUUGGUGGCUAGCGUCUGUAGUUGUCGGGUCUGCGACGAUCGCCCUUUCCUUGGCGAUUAUAUUCAAGCGUUGGCUUUGUAAAAAUGUUGGUAAAAGCGAUUGUGAGGAAAACGAGGAAAGAAAACUGAACAGCCCCGGCGAUCAGAAUCUGUAUUUCUGGAGCAGCAGCCGUUCGAAGGAGCCGUUAAGCAUAAACGUGGCUAUAUUUGAGCAGCCGCUCUUGAAACUGACUCUCGUCGACAUUCUAGAAGCCACCAAUAACUUUUGCAAGUCAUGUAUUGUCGGAGAUGGCGGAUUUGGAACCGUUUACAAGGCGAUUCUAACUGACGGGAAGGCUGUAGCGGUUAAGAAGCUAAACCAGGCGAAAACGCAGGGCCAUCGAGAGUUUCUAGCCGAAAUGGAGACCCUGGGAAAGGUAAAGCACAAUAAUCUAGUAUCCCUUCUGGGUUACUGCUCUUACGGGGAGGAAAAGUUGCUUGUUUACGAGUACAUGAUAAACGGAAGCUUAGAUCAUUGGUUGAGGAACCGGACGGGUGGGCUCGAGAAACUCGAUUGGAACAUGAGACUGAAAAUUGCGACCGGUUCUGCCCGUGGGAUUGCGUUUCUCCACCACGGGAUCGUUCCUCAUGUGAUACAUAGAGAUAUUAAAGCGAGUAACAUUUUGCUUAGCCAUGAUUUUGAGCCGAAAGUGGCGGAUUUCGGUUUGGCCAGGCUGAUAAGUGCAUGCGAAACUCACGUCAGUACUGAUGUGGCUGGGACUUUCGGGUACAUACCGCCGGAGUACGGGCAGAGCUGGAAAUGCACGACUCGGGGAGACGUUUAUAGCUUCGGGGUGAUAUUACUUGAGCUUGUGAGUGGGAAGGAACCGACGGGGCCGGAGUUUAAGGAAGUUGAAGGGGGGAAUCUGGUGGGUUGGGCUGUACAGAAGAUGAAGAAAGGAAUGGCGGUUGAUGUUCUUGAUCGAGAGGUUUUGAAUUCGGGAUCGAAGAUGACGAUGUUACAGACGCUCCAGAUUGCGGUUGUUUGUGUUUCUGAGAAUCCGGCAAAGAGGCCUACAAUGCUUAAUGUGCUCAAGAGCCUCACGGGUAUCAAACAAGCUCAUAUGUAAUGUUAAUUAUUAAACUAUGUCUUUUGUCAAAUUAUUAUUAACUAUGUUUUUCAUGUGUUAUGGAAUAUCGCAAGUGUGUGUAAU